AUGCCUUUGCUCAUCUCCUCCCUCUCCGCCAAAAAGGGGGUGGUGGUGCUGCACCUGUACUGCGACACUUGCUCAGUGCCCAUCUGUCGGGAGUGCACCAUGGGUCGCCACGGAGGCCACAGCUUCAUCUACCUCCAGGAGGCGCUGCAGGACUCUCGAGCGAUCACCAUCCAGCUGCUGGCUGAUGCCCAGCAGGGCCGCCAGGCAAUCCAGCUGAGCAUCGAGCAGGCCCAGGCCGUGGCAGAACAGGUGGAGAUAAAGGCCAAGGUGGUGCAGUCGGAGGUCAAAGCCGUGACGGCGAGGCACAAGAAGGCUCUGGAGGAGCGGGAGUGCGAGCUGCUGUGGAAGGUAGAGAAGAUCCGCCAGGUGAAAGCCAAGUCUCUGUACCUGCAGGUGGAGAAGCUGCGGCAGAACCUCAACAAGCUGGAGAGUACUAUCAGUGCGGUCCAGCAGGUCCUGGAGGAGGGCCGGGCGCUGGACAUCCUGCUGGCCCGAGACCGCAUGCUGGCCCAGGUGCAGGAGCUGAAGACAGUGCGGAGUUUCCUGCAGCCCCAGGAAGACGACCGCGUCAUGUUCACGCCCCCUGACCAGGCCCUCUACCUCGCCAUCAAGUCCUUUGGCUUUGUCAGCAGUGGGGCUUUUGCACCGCUCACCAAGGCCACAGGGGAGGGCCUCAAGCGGGCCCUCCAGGGUAAGGUGGCCUCCUUCACGGUCAUCGGCUACGACCACGACGGGGAGCCCCGUCUCUCUGGGGGUGACCUGAUGUCCGCUGUGGUCCUGGGCCCCGAUGGCAAUCUUUUCGGGGCAGAGGUGAGCGAUCAGCAGAAUGGGACAUACGUGGUGAGCUACCGGCCCCAGCUGGAGGGGGAGCACCUGGUGUCCGUCACCAUGUGCAACCAGCACAUCGAAAACAGCCCCUUCAAGGUGGUGGUCAAGUCAGGCCGCAGCUACGUGGGCAUUGGGCUUCCGGGCCUGAGUUUCGGCAGCGAGGGCGACAGCGAUGGCAAGCUCUGCCGCCCAUGGGGUGUGAGUGUGGACAAGGAGGGCUACAUCGUCGUCGCUGACCGCAGCAACAACCGCAUCCAGGUAUUCAAGCCCUGUGGUGCCUUCCACCACAAGUUUGGUGCCCUGGGCUCACGGCCCGGGCAGUUUGACCGGCCGGCUGGGGUGGCCUGUGACGCCUCACGUAGGAUCGUGGUGGCCGACAAGGACAAUCAUCGCAUCCAGAUCUUCACCUUCGAGGGUCAGUUCCUCCUCAAGUUCGGUGAGAAAGGAACCAAGAACGGGCAGUUCAACUACCCUUGGGAUGUGGCGGUGAACUCCGAGGGCAAGAUCCUGGUCUCAGACACUCGGAACCACCGGAUCCAGCUGUUCGCGCCUGACGGCGUUUUCCUGAAUAAAUAUGGCUUCGAGGGGGCUCUCUGGAAGCACUUUGACUCCCCCCGAGGGGUGGCCUUCAACCACGAGGGCCACUUGGUGGUCACUGACUUCAACAACCAUCGCCUCCUUGUCAUCCACCCCGACUGCCAGUCUGCACGCUUCCUGGGCUCGGAGGGGACGGGCAAUGGGCAGUUCCUGCGCCCGCAGGGCGUGGCUGUAGACCAGGAAGGGCGCAUCGUCGUGGCCGACUCCAGGAACCACCGCGUGCAGAUGUUCGAGUCCAACGGCAGCUUCCUGUGCAAGUUUGGCGCCCAGGGCAGUGGCUUCGGGCAGAUGGACCGCCCCUCCGGCAUCGCCGUCACCCCUGACGGGAUGAUCGUCGUGGUGGACUUCGGCAACAAUCGGAUCCUCGUCUUCUAAUCUUGUUUGCUAGGCUUCUCUGGGGUGGUGUGUGUGUGGAUGCGCCCGCGUGUGUCUGUCCGUCUCGCGCUCUCUCUCUCUCUGGCUU